UGGACCACACAACACUAUUGCACUGCGUUCAUAGUCCAAACAAAAACACGAACUUUCUUGUCUCUUUCCAACCCGUCAGAAUCAAAGAAAUUUCUUUUGAAUUAGUGAAUUACCAUCCAAUUUCCCAGUGAAAGAUGAAACCACUUUUUGUUCUCUCUUCUUCUUCUUCUUCUUGUCAAUUAUGCAAAGCCCUAGAAUUUCUUAAGGUUAUUACCCUGUUCAUCUUCAACCAUCACACUGUUCUUCCCACCUUCUCUUUUCAUUAAAUGGCCGAGGCACUGAUUACCAUAGCCCUCACCCAGCUAACUCUACUGAUGGAUCAGCAGAUUCGCAAGCAGUUGCGUCUGGUAAGGGGAGUGGAAAGAGAAGUCCAGAAGCUCAACAGCUCGCUCCGAUCCAUUCAGGCCGUUCUCGCGGAUGCAGAGAAGAGGCAAGUCAAGGACGAGUCCGUUAGGGUUUGGCUCAUGAAGCUUCGAGACAUUUCCUACGACAUGGACGACUUUUUGGCCGAAUUGAGCACAGCAAUUUUGAAGAUACAAAUUGAAGGCGUUGAUGAAAACCCUACUUCUUCUGCUCCUAAGAACAAGGUAUCCUCGUUUCUCUCAUGCUUCGGAUUCAAUAAAGUUGUCCAGCGUCGCGAUAUAGCUCUGAGGAUAAAAGGGAUAAAUGAGAGACUAGAUAUUAUUGCUGUUGAGAAAGAGAGGUAUAAAUUUGACAUGAUUAUGGAUAAAGAAGAAUAUAGGCAAUACCAUAGCACAUCUUAUGUUGAUGUUUCGAAGAUAUAUGGGAGGGAGGGAGAAAAGGGUACUUUAAUAAGCAAGCUGUGUAACAAUGGCAGUGAACCAGAACUAGGGCUCCAUAUAAUUGCUGUUGUGGGUAUGGGAGGGAUCGGAAAGACUACGCUUGCACAGCUGGCUUACAAUAGCCACGAGGCGAUUUCGGGGUUUGAGAUUAGAAUGUGGGUGUGUGUAUCCGAGCCUUUUGAUGUGGUAAAAGUUGCGAAAGCCAUUGUUGAAGAGGUCCAAGGCACUGCACCGAAUGUGUUUGAGCUCGAAACCAUAUUGUGCAACCUUAGGAGCUCGAUUUCUGGGAGGAGGUUCCUGCUUGUGCUGGAUGAUGUGUGGACAGAGGAUUUUAGGAAGUGGGAGCCGUUGAGGGACUCCCUAACGACGGGUGCAGGUGGGAGUAAGGUUCUGGUGACUACACGCAACGAGAGAGUGGCGAGGAUAAUGGAAACGACAUAUACAUUGCGUUUAGAGGAGCUGCCAAGCGAUGACUGCUGGUCGUUGUUCAGCAAAAUCGCGUUUCAUGGGAGGAGCAAAGAUAAAUGUGAGGAGCUAGAAGAGGUGGGUAGGAAAAUAGCGCUGGAAUGCAAAGGCUUGCCUCUAGCUGCAAAGACUAUUGGGGGCCUGAUGCGCAUGAAAAACUCGGUGCAAGAUUGGCAGAAUGUGUUGGAGAGUGAGAUAUGGAAGUUGGAAGAUGCAGAGAAGGGUCUGUUUCCGCCUUUAUUGUUGAGCUACUAUGAUCUUCCCUCGGCUCAGAGAAGGUGUUUCUCGUACUGCGCUAACUUCCCUAAAGACUACAAGAUAGAGGCCGAUAAUCUGAUCAAACUCUGGAUGGCUCAAGGCUACCUCAACCCGAGAAGUACAGCAGACAUGGAGAUCAUGGGAAGAGAGUACUUGGAAGAUUUGGUCAUGAGGUCGUUUUUCCAAGAAGUGGAAAGAUCCAAGGAUGGCGAGACCAUACUAAGGUUCAAGAUGCAUGAUAUGGUUCACGAUUUCGCACAAUAUCUUACCUAUCGCGAAUGCCUUGUCAUGGAAGUUCAUAGUAACUUGGCAACAAGGUUGGAUAAAUUGGAAGGAAAGGCUCGUCAUCUUACCUUAGUUCGCGCAGAGGAGGUGCCAUUUCCUGCUUCCAUUGGCGAUACAAGAAAACUUCACAGUUUUUGGGUUCAAUCAUUCUAUGAUUCUCCACCAAUAGUUAGCGAAAUAGAUAGAGUCACUUCUGAGUUAUUCCAAUCUUUAACUUGCCUGAAAUCCUUAGAUCUCAGCCGUAACAGAUUGUAUCAGCUUCCAAAAGAGCUCGGGAAAUUGACCAACUUGAGAUAUCUCAACUUAUCCCACAACCCAUUGUGGGAACUCCCAGAAACAUUAUGUGGCCUCUACAAUUUGCAGACUUUGAAGAUUGUUUCCUGUGAUCAUCUCAGAAAGCUGCCUCAAGGGAUUGGAAUGUUGAAAAACUUAAGGCAUCUCGAGAUAGAUCGCACUGAGAGCCUCAAAACACUGCCAAAAGGUGUCAGAAACCUGGAUCAUCUUAGAACACUGAGCAAAUUUGUCAUGGUUAGUAGCAGCGAUAGCGGAGACUCAAUAUGCUGCUUGCAAGACUUGAAAAACUUGAAUCAACUGCAAGGAUCCCUUAAGAUCGAGGGAUUGGGAUUCGUAGAAGAUGCGAUUGAAGCAGAACAAGCUGAACUGAAGAACAAGAAGCAGCUGGUAAAUUUGCAUAUGGAUUUCAAGCCUUCGGUUGAAGAUGAGAAGACAAUGGAGUUGAUCGAAGCUCUCGAGCCACCACAAGAAUUGAAGUAUUUGCAGAUAAGUUUCUAUGGAGGUACUCAGUUCCCGAGUUGGAUGGUAUACUUGAGCAAUCUAAAAAAACUCCAUUUCCAAGAUUGCCAAAACUGUGUCCAUUUACCUCCACUGGGAAAAUUGCCCGCCUUAGAAACACUCACCAUAGAAAACAUGCAGAAUCUGAAAACCAUCGGGCUUGAAUUCUUAGGAAUUGCAGAUGAAGUAAACAGCAAUGGCAGCACAGCAACGGGUUCCCUGAAGGGGGCAUCAUCAUCAACCAUUUUCGGGUUUCCUAGGCUAAAGAAAUUAAAGAUUGUAGGUGCAGGAAACUGGGAGGACUGGGAAGUGAUUAGCAGAGUUGGAGAAGAAAAUAUCAAGAUCAUGCCAUGUCUACUUUAUCUGAAGCUUUCUGAUUGCUGCAAGUUGAAGCAAGUACCACUGGCCCUUCUCCACAAAGCGCCCUUGAGAAAAUUGCGGAUACAGAAGUGUCCAAUUUUGCAGCAGCAAUACCGGAAAGUAACCGGACAGUUAUGGAGCAACAUAUCCCACAUACCAAAGAUCCGCAUAUCAUAACCCAGCAAGGAGCAUCUUAGAAUUGAGAAAAAGAGUUGAACUUUGUGGGCGUGACUUAGACUGAAUCUGGAUUAGUCUUAUAGUGGUGAGGAUACUGAAUGCAUAUGUACCCAAAUUUUUAUUUUUUAUUUUUUUAAAUCACCAUAUCAUUUGGAAAUGGGUAUUCCUUGGAAGGCCUGGUAUCGUAUUCCAAAGAAGUAUGGAGGCUUGGGUUUUAUGGAUUUAAGGGCUUUUAAUUUGGCAAUGUUAGGCAAGCAAGCCUGGCGGUUUCUCACUAGGCCGCACUCACUGGUGGCAAGAAUUUAUAAAGCCAGAGGAGGAACUCCUUGUGGCUGUUGCAGUUUUAUACCACAUAUGGAGGGCUCGCAAUACAGCUGAAUGGGAGGGCAGUUUGCCACAUCCAAAGGGCGUAUGGCGAAGGGCACAGACUGCCGUUGUCGCCUGGAGGGAGGUUCAUAUGGCACUGCCCAUCGACGCCACCUCCUGCUCAGCAUCGCCUAACUCCAGUUGCUACUGUUUCGAACGUUGUCGUGCCUCAUGCAGCAGGGUUGCCACCGAGGUGCUUCUUCGACGGCAGCUUUCAACCAGCCACCAAGAGGGCCACGGUGGGAGCGGUCUUGCUCUCGGCGGAUGGAGUGUUCCUCGCAGCUUUCAAUGGUCAUCUCCCCGCUUGUUUCUCUCCACUAAUGGCCGAGUCGUUGGCAUGCAAAGAGGUGCUAUCAUGGCUCAAGGGUCGUGGACUCGUGGUCUUGCCUCCGUGGAUGUCUACACUGAUUGCUCCAACCUCAAGCAUCUACUCACCGCAGUCAACACUACUCUCUAUUCUUAUGUUGCUUUUUCAGUUGAUGCCUCUGGGGCUUUAAUGUCGGCGUUUAAUCAUUGCUUUGUUAAUUUAGUGCCUAGAGCUGCUAAUCUAGGUGCUCACACGCUUGCUACAUCGGUCUAUUUGUAGGCUAACUCAUUGUAUUUCUAAGUAUUAAAGGAAAGCAAUAAAAGUUGAUCUUGUAAUUAUGAAAAGUCAA